AAAACCAAAUAUUCUUAUCUUCCAAAAAAAAAAAAAAAACCAAAUAUUCUGUAGCUUGAAUCACCUGGAAAUUUGACACGAUUAAAAAGCUGUAUUUGUCAAAGGAGUACUAGAAAUUCAAAAGGAUAAAAAAAAGCGCCAACCAUAGAUCCUCAACUCAUAGUUGCAAAACCAAGCUCGUGUCAAUGGCGGCAACUGAUUCUCAGAAACAACUCUUUACUUUGAUUCGUGAUUUCGCUGCUGAGAAAUCUCAUGGAGAGAAACGAGUUUCCAACUUGAAAAAACGUAUUGAAGAGCUUCGAUCAGAGUUAGAUGUAGCCAACGUAGCGCUUGAGAAUGGAAAACGCUUGAAGGAUACUACAGAACAGGAACUUAAGGGUUACGAGGUUGAAUUAUCGAUGAACGAAACUUCAAACCAAACCCUAGAGACCAGAAAUGCUUCAAUUCAAGAUGAGGUUUCUAAAGUAGGAUCGGAUGUAAACGGUCUUAAGAAUGAAGAAGCAGCUCUUAGAGAUGAAUUCAUCAGUCAAAUGCUAAAGUUCAAUACUGAAAUAAGAGAAUUCCAGAACUUGGCCCAACCUAAUAUGUGGCAAAAUAGUAUUCUGAAAACUUCAGGCAGCGUAGAUGCAGAAUCAAUUGAUUUAGAGAAGAAAGCCUCUUUCAUGGUUGCUCAGGCUGUAACAGAAGAAAAUGAACGUGAACGGGAAAAGAAUCUUCAAAGCCAGCUACAGCAAUAUGUGGUUGACUUUACAAGAAGACUGGAGCUGAUUAAGACGAUUAUGAACGACAUGAAAGAGUUACAAAAUUUAUCAAGGCAGACUUCAGCUUUGGAGGAGAAAUGUGGGUUUUGUAGUGAGGAGUUGCAGAAGAGGUGUAUUUGUCCUAAUUGUCAUCUCGACAAUUCAGAGAGCUUGGCAAAACUACUUCAGCCAACGGAGCUAAGUUGAUUUUCUGCAAACAGUGCAUUUAGUUUUUUCCUUGCAAUAUGUUUGUAAACUUUAAGUCUUGAAUUUUCAUCGAUUAGAUUUCUACAUGCUUAAGUCUAUGAUAAACGACGAGAGAUUCUCUUAAUCUGCAAUUAUUUUGUCUUCUGUUACUUGGGUAUGGAAAAUGAACUAUCUAGUUUUAAAUAUCGAAAAAAAUUGUAGAGUAUUCUUUUUGUCAAUGUAAUUCUUGUCCUUUAAAAAACACUUAUCUUCGAAUCUUAGAAUCAGUAAUAUACAAAAUUCGUUUG